AUGCGACCAGUGGUCAUCCUGGUGUUGCUGGCAAUCGCCGCAGCUGAGGUUGCGGAAGAGCCCUGGGUGGAGGAAGAGGAUGUAGACGACUCAUAUGAUGACUACGAGCCGUCCAGGAGCAGACGCGAUGUUCAUGAUGCAGGGCCUUUUGAGGAACAUGUUCGGGUGAAGCGGUGUUGUGAGCCGAGAACUCGCAGAGCUGCGGAGUACGUGCGGGUGCCUCGUCAGCUCCACCAGUAUGAGGUCCACGAAUUCACAGAUGAUGGGGAGAUGGAAUCCCCGCCCUAUGAAGAGAUGCUCGCCGCGAGUGCGAACCACUACCAUAAAGUGUACGCCCCGAGUCCUCGGUACUUGCGACCUGAUGUGAACAGUGCUAACAUUGCUGAAGCGGCGAAUGUCGCCCCGGUAGAAGCAGUGCAGUCUCAGCCAGUUCAGUUUAUCGCUAGUCCUCCAGGCCCUGUUCCUUUGGCUUCAAACCCUAUUCCCGUGGAUAAUCCCAUCCCAGUGCCGGUGUCUUCUGAACCAUUGAUCCAGGCUCCGAAGCAGUUGGCUUCAGGUGACUUGUAUGGUGCAUCAACUGGACACCAUCACUCAAAGCAUGCUCACGGACAUUCUCAGGGAGGUGGGCAUGCCAAACAUGGAGGACAUUUUGCUGAACAUGGAGGCAAGACUUCCAAAGGCUAUCACCAAGACCAUCAUUUAGAUAAGGGAGGUAAAGGCUUCAAGACAGAUGAACACCAUAAGAAACAAUACGAAGAAGCCGCCGGUAAGAAGAAAAAGCAUCACGACCAUGCUGGACAUAAGGGCAGCCACGAAGAAGAAGCAUUUGGACACAGAGGAGCUAAGUUUGAUGAGAAGAAGGGACACAAGAAAGGACAUAAGACCAAGGGUUACCACAACAAGUACCACAAGGAUGAAUUCCACAAGGAACACAAGUUCUACGACGACUUCCACAAGAGUGGUGAACACCACAGAUUCGGCAAGUUCAAUGCCAAACACGCCAGCAACGAGAGUGGCAAGAAGAAGGCUCAUCACGUCAAUGCUGGACAUGACUUCGUUGAGAAAGGAAAGAAGGGAUACAGCAACAAGGGUCACGUUGAUGCCGACCACAAAGGAUACAAUGGAAAACAUGGUCAUGAAGAACAUCACGAGAAACAUGCAGAUCACGGUAGGAAAGGUGGGAAGGAAGGAGGAUCUCACUGGAGCUACAAGAAAAACUAG